AUGGUCGAGUUGGUGCUGGUGCUGGGGGACCUGCACGUCCCGCAGCGCUGCGCGGGGCUGCCGGGGAGGUUCCAGGAGCUGCUGGUUCCGGGAAAGAUUCAGCACAUCUUGUGCACAGGAAACCUCUGCAGCAAGGAGAGCUACGACUACCUGAGGACUCUGGGUGGGGAUAUCCACGUUAGGGGGGACUCUGAGAGCCUGAAUUAUCCUGAAGAGAAGGUUGUAACUGUUGGGCCGUUCAAAAUUGGGCUAAUUCAUGGCCAUCAAGUUAUUCCCUGGGGUGAUGUGGCCAGCCUGGCACUGCUGCAGAGGCAGCGGGAUGUGGACAUCCUCAUCUCAGGACACACGCACAGAUUUGAAGCAUUUGAACAUGCAAAUAAAUUCUACAUCAACCCAGGAUCAGCUACAGGAGCCUACAGUGCUUUGGAAAUGAACAUCAUCCCUUCAUUUGUCCUGAUGAAUAUCCAGGCUUCCAUAGUUGUGGCUUAUGUCUACCAGCUGAUUGAGGAUGAUGUGAAAGUAGAAAGAAUCGAGUUUCAGAAGCACUGA